UUUUUUUUUUUACGGUACGCAGGCCUUUCACUGUUGUGGCCUCUCCCGUUGCGGAGCACAGGCUCCGGACGCGCAGGCUCAGCGGCCAUGGCUCACGGGCCCAGCCGCUCCACGGCAUGUGGGAUCUUCCCGGACCGGGGCACAAACCCAUGUCCCCUGCAUCGGCAGGUGGACUCCCAACCACUGCGCCACCAGGGAAGCCCCAUCAUCUUUUAUCUUCUACUCUUUCUCAGUUCCUUUCCUGGUUCCCAUUGAGUGAGGCAAAGGGUAGUGGAAAGAGAAUGGGUUCUGGAAUUAUACAGACCUGUGGUCAAAUCCUAACUCUAUUACUAAUGAGGUGGUCUUGAGCAAUUUACUUAGUCUCUCUAACCUUCAGUUUCCUUAUUUAUGGAAUAGUUAUGGUGAUACUUACCACACAGGGUUGAAGUAAGCAAAGCCUCUCCCAACGCCUGGUUCACAAUAGACACUUAGCUGGGGAUGGACCGCAGCAUAUUUUAGACUCAUGAAAAACCCCAGUUCAAAAUGGAUUUAUCAAAGGAGCAUGACACUGAUGCAAGGAUAGAUAGAUAGAUCCACAGAACAGAUUAAAGAGUUCAGAAAUGGACCAAUUAAAUGGUUAACUGAUUUUUGACAAGGUCCCAAGAUAAUUCAAUGGGAAAAAGGGUAGUCUUUUCAACCAAUGGUGCUGGAGCAAUUGGACACCCAUAUAAAAAAAGAAAAUAAACCUUGACGCAUACCUUGCAUUAUAUACAAAAAUUAACUUGAAAUCGAUCGUGAACCUAAAUGUAAGAGCUAAAGCUAUAAAACUUCAAGGAGAAAAAUUGGAGAAAAUCUUUGUGACCUUGGUUUAUACAAUAUUUUUUUAGGAUACAAAAAACACAAAUCAGAAAAAUUUUGAUAAGUUGGACUUAUCAGUAUCAAGAAAUGUUUGCUCUUCAAAAAGACACUGCUAAGAAAAUGGGAAGCCACAGACUAGGAGAAAAUAUUUGUAGAAAGGAUUUAUUUCUUUAACAUUGCUGUCUCUUGAUACUAUGGUAUAAAGUAGAUGUAAUCAAUAAUUCUUGUGUGUCCCCAUCCUUGCCCUGAUAGAGUGCACUUUCUAGAUGCUUUUCUUUCCUCCCUGACUAUUUAUGUCAUUAUUCACUGCCAUAAUUCUCAUAAUAUUUUUAUGAGCGAGGGCUGGAGAGAAGACUGAGCUUCGUGUUGUGAGGCUGCAAGCCUUACAUCUUAAAUUCCAUCCUUGGUGGGAGAGAAAAGAGCAACAAUGAAAAAUAUGAAGACAGGCACAUGUCCAAUCAGGAAGCAAACUGAAGCCCUUGGUAACAACAGGACACUGUCAACAAUGACAACAAAUAGCAUAGACGGAGCAUACACAUUCUUCCAGAUACGGUGCUAAGUGCUUAACUUGCAUCAUUUCACUUAACUGUAAGAGAAACAUAUGUAGGAGUCAGCACGAGGUCCCAGAGGCAGCAGGGACACCAAGCAGGCCUCCAGCAGAGUUUCACUUGGGUUGUUCCCUCCGUGACACCUGCCAUGGAUUGUGUUCUUCCUAUGUCCCUGUAUUGCUUCAUCCUUUGGAUGCCAUUCUAGAUUCAUCCAUGUCUUUUCUCGGUUUUACCGUCUUGGGACUGUUGGCUUGGUUUUGAAGAUUUAUCUUGUUUGAAACUUCAGCCUCUGUUUGGCUCCUUGGCACCAGGCUUUGUACUUCCUUGUUCCUUAAGUCUGGUAACCCCUUUCCCACCUCCUCUCUGCCUCUUCAGAGCUUCCAAAUUGCAAUGUUUGACCAUCCCUGGGUGAUUUUUAAUCUCAUACAUCCCAGGGUACAUAAUCAACACUACACGAUCAACAGACAUUACUCUCAUGGGUCUCUCUUGUUCUGGUGUCCCUGGCAAACCACGGUAGGCAUAGCUGAAGAAGAAAGCCUUCAGGUACUUACAAUACGUACAGGUUGAAAAGGCCAUGUCUACCUUGACCAAGGUAGCUGUGGAGCUUUUUAAGUAGAUGUAACUCUGGGGAUGUCUUUACUGGUGUGAGCAAAGUUCCAGUGUAUGGAUGAUCUUGGAGUUGGAAUGGUCAGCUGUCGAUACCUGAUAGCCAGCUGGGGACUUAUGGGCCAGCACCGCCCAAACCACAAGGUGAGUAGACCAGUGGGGAAAACAGCAACGUGCACUCCUCAUACUGCUUUUUCCACAGGUGUCCAAAUAGAAUUAGAGCCAGGCGCUACCCCAGUGGGUUCAUGUAGCAGCAGUGGAAGUCCCCAUGCUUGGGCUGUAUAUGUGCCUGAUGGAGCAGAGGGAUGGUACCAUGUUUCCCUUCAGCUUCAAUUUAACAACAGCAGGACCACAAGAGAUGUCUUCCCUAGAGUAGAUUCCCCAAGAGAGUCUGGCUGCAAUUCACAGGCCACAGGCAACUGGGGGCAGAGCAUUCUUCCUGCUUUACUUCAAUUUAGGAUGAAAGCUUCUCAGAAUAAGCAUCCCGGGCAGCAGAUGGACUGACACCAAAGUCUUCAAUCCCUUCGCCAUUUUUUUUUUUUUUUUUUUUUUGCGGUACGCGGGCCCCUCAUUGCUGUGGCCUCUCCCAUUGCGGAGCACAGGCUCCGGAUGCGCAGGCUCAGCGGCCAUGGUUCACGGGCCCAGCCGCUCCGCGGCACGUGGGAUCUUCCCGGACCAGGACACGAACCCGUGUCCCCUGCAUCGGCAGGCGCACUCUCAACCACUGCCCCACCAGUGGAGCCCUCCCUUCACCAAUUUUGAUCUCUGUGACCAUUUUAACACAGGGUCUGCUGGGUUUUAAAAGCUUGAACUGUGCUCAGUUGCUUCACCAGAAGAAUCCCUGCUCCUCCCCUGACAGCAAAGAGAUGUGUGAAUGUCUCUGUGUGAUGCCCCGGAGGAGCAGUUAUGCGUCGUAGAACUGGAGAAAAAUUUGCCUACAGUAUCUUGCGCUGUAACCUGUUUCCACUUCACACAGACUAUUGGAAAGCAUCUGGAAGAUAUAUAUCUAUUAUUGUUAACAAAAUAGAUUUAUGAGCGUUAGGAGAUUAUGAUGCAGAAGACAGGUAGAAUCUCUCUGUGUUUUUAAAGGGCUAACCCACACUCACCAGCCUUAAAUCUUAGAAUGAUUAAGCUGACAGGGACUCAAAAGCUCGCACAGUUCAUAUAAUUCUACAUUUUGAAGCCCCCUACGUCCACCAGUUGCACAGAUCAGGAACCUGAGGUAAGGAAAGGUUCAGUGAGGACUUAUUACAUUUGCAUAGUCAGCGGAAGAGCUGAAACUUAAGCCCUGGUUCCCUGACAGUAAAUCCUGCGCUUGCUUGCGACUAUCUUUUAUCUAGAUUAUGGUAUUUGUCUGUCUCUGAAAACCUUGAGAGACAUCAUGGUUAUUCCCCAAGAGGGAGAUGAAGCGUGAUCUAAUUUUCAAUGAGAGUGGACUUUGGGGGAACAGUUCCAGCUGGGCACAUUGUUUUCUCCUUUUUCAUGGCCACCUGAAAACUUUGGCUGGGUGCUGGCAGGGUGGGAAGCUGUUUCUGCUUCCCAGUCUUUUUCUGUUCACAGCUGCAAAGUUCAGUGAGUUGAACUGCCGUGCUGUGAGUUCACUGUUCACUCUGCCACGACCAACCUCUGUUGUAAAUUUUCCUCCCUGAACACGUGACGAUGUAUUUCUUGACUGUAUAUCCCAAGGGCGGCAGCGGAACUGUCAGAGCGCCGAGCCGCACACGGAGCAAGAAGUCUCUUGGACUUGACAAUCUAGGAAUUCAGGACUUGGGACAAAUUUGCCAGCCCUUGACCCUGGCUGUGUGAGCAGAGCUUCAAUGCUGAAGAUGGAGCCUCUGAACAGCACGCAUGCUAGCACCGCAGCCCCCAGCGGCCCCCUCGAGUCCCAUGUGCCGGGCAGCGGCAGCGGCAACGGCAACGAAUACUUCUACGUUCUGGUGGUCAUGUCCUUCUACGGCAUUUUCUUGAUUGGAAUCAUGCUGGGCUACGUGAAAUCCAAGAGGCGGGAGAAGAAAUCCAGCCUCCUGCUGCUGUACAAAGACGAAGAGAGGCUCUGGGGGGAGGCCAUGAAGCCGCUGCCCACCACGUCCGGCCUGAGGUCGGUGCAGGUGCCCAUGGUGCUGAACGUGCUGCAGGAGAGCGUGGCGCCCGCCCUGUCCUGCACCCUCUGCUCCGUGGAAGGAGACAGCGUGAGUUCCGAGUCCUCCUCGCCCGACGUGCACCUCACCAUCCAGGAGGAGGCGGCGGACGACGAGCUGGAGGAGACUUCGGAGACGCCCCUCAACGAAAGCAGCGAAGGCUCCUCGGAGAACAUCCACCAGAACUCCUAGCACCCCCAGGACCUCUGGAGGAGGCCCCAUCAGCCAGCACCCUUAGAGCGAGGAAGGGCACUUUUUGCGUCUGGUUUCACCUUUGCAGGGCAACUGCCGCUUUCAGGAGACCCUCGGCAAGCCCCUGAAUGGGGGUGGGGGGUGGGGGACAAGUCUCAGGCGGAACCAGCAGCAGCCCGCAGUCCACGACGCGCCUGUGGUGUGGACGUGCCGCUGAAACAGCCCUGAAGAUGUGCAGUGUGUACCUUUCCUUGGGAUCUGGGGGUCGGGGUUCCUGUGCAGAAUUCGGCAGGUCGAUGUGCUUGCGGUUGUCUCCUCACGGGAUGCCCUGGGUAACACCUGCAACAUCUGCCCACUCCCAGGGCUGCCAAAUGCCUAGGGCAUCCUGAGGGACUAGUUUCCAUUUGACAAUUUGCCUAGAGCUUUGUUCUUCUACAUCUGAUUGGCUGUAAGUACCUCUAAUGCGAACCUGUGGCUUAAGUUCCCCCUGGGGUUACAGAGCUUCUUUUAGAGGUCUUUUGGGUUAGAGGGGGGAUAUUUGACAGAGGACUUUUGUUGGGAGGGAGCUGGAGAUCUGAAUCUGGUCCAUUUGCAUUCUGUAAGGAAAAAAUAGGCAAUUUUUAAACCUGUUAACGUUGGCUGGGUUUAUAAAACGAAUCUGCUAUUUUGACCCUUUGUCUAACCUGUGGCUUUGAACUCUGAUCUGGGACCAUCCGGCAUCACAUGCUGACAUGACAUCUUUUUUGCUUGGAAGGGCUUCCCCAGAAUCUAACCUGCACUCCGAACGGCCAUGCAGGGAAGCUUCCCAAUCUUUCCAGAAGGGGUGAUGGUGAGGUUGAACAAACCCAAACCGUUAGCUCCGCUGCUGCUUUUUUUUUUUUCCCAGCCCAGUUUUCUGAGCUGGGAGAGGAUAUAAUGUGGGCCUCCACAGCAUGGCAUUUCUUCACGUAGCUGAGACUUAGAAGGGCAUACUCCGGUGAGACUGUGCAGAGCUGGGGUCCAAGUUCUCUGUUUCUUAAUACCAAGCCCCGAAUCUGAUUUGCUGUGUGGUCCUGGGCAUGUCAUCCAGAGGCUUACUGCCUUCCUGAGAUUCCUGAUGAUCUAGAUCCCCAGAGGGCUGGGAGGAUGUCUUUAGGUUUUAAGACUCUGCGAUAAAUCCUACAUGGCCUGGUGUGAGGAAGUUUGGACAAAAUAUUUCCCCCUUGGCCAGUUAGUCUGAAAAAGGAUCUGCUUAAAGGGGCAGUUGGAGACGGAGAACACAUGUAGCUGGGAAAUCCAGGGUGAAUCACUAACCAAUCCCUGCUGUCACUUUCCCAGCAGUGAAUCAAAGAGGCAGAUACCACAUUUUACUCUGCAGGCUGUCUGGGGAGUGGACUAUUAACGCUCCAGUUAAGGGAAUGAGACAUCUAAGAGAAAAUGCUCAGGAAUGCUUGGUAAUGUUUCCCUGUAUUCCUGUGGUCAGUCGCUUUGCAGCAGACUCUUUAGGCCCUUGAAGACAAGGCAGAAGAGAAACACACCAAAAGGUCAAAUUUAAUUCUAGUAAAAACAAAAACUUUUUUUUUUUUUUUAAUACGCUCUCCCUGGAUUGGAGACAGCAAUAACUACUGUUCCCAUGGAAGGGUUAACAGUGUAGGAGCUGGUUUAUCAGUUCGCCUUAACACAGUGCUAGAGGAAAUUUAUGUUUGGGGGAAAAAAGGUCCUCCGCUCACUUUAAAAUUCAGAGUGUGGAUUUACUCCAAAGGGGGCUGUUUAAGGUGAAAGAAGCCAAGUUAAGUUUGGCCCCUUGCCUGGAAUCACUUGAAUUCUGAAACUUUACUGCGAUGGACAUGUGCGUUGUCACAUUUUCCAUUGCUUAAUCCUGAAGUUUGGUGCAAGUCUAUCUGCGCCUAUUAAAAAGUGAUGUAUAUACUUCCUUCUUAUUCUAUUAAGUUGUACAAAAUUGUCUUCUGUAUUUAACAGUUUGUAAUUUUCACAGUAUUUUUUAAUUUAAAUAAACACAUUUUCCCUAGGAA